GCAAGUGUCCGACUGAAUGAAAGCAUGUUGUGUGUGCGGCGUUACUCUUAGCACUUUAUGAGUUUCUUUAGAUUUAUUUGUACGACUAUCACACGCUUACACAGAAACUCUUUAUCUUGUCGUAAUCCCUUGAAUAAAAGUGUGGACAUGUGUAAAGAGCUGAAGACGAGAGUCCUGCGACUGUCAGACGACCUGAAUACACACACACAUGAUGUGACAGAAGUGUUGCAGUGUACAGCGAUGGCUCUGAAAGUGGGGCAGGUUGUGGCGGUGCCCACGGACACUAUCUACGGUCUGGCCUGUGUGGCACAGAACUCAGACGCCGUCCGGAGAGUUUAUGACAUCAAAGGCAGGAAUGGAGACAAACCUUUGGCCAUCUGUGUGGGUGAGAUACAGGACAUUUACAGUUUCUGUAAGGUGUCUGUGAAGGAGGAUCUGUUGAGAGAUCUGCUGCCCGGGCCUGUCACACUGGUUCUGGAGAGAUCCGCCGCUCUCAACAGUGAUCUCAAUCCUUUCACCAAGCUCAUAGGAGUUCGUAUCCCAGAUCAUCCGUUCAUGAGACGACUCUGUCAGAUGUGCGCUGAACCGCUCGCUCUUACCAGCGCUAACGUCAGCUCACACACCAGCACGCUCUCUGUGCAUGAGUUUGAGGACCUGUGGUCCAGUCUGGCCGUGGUGGUGGACGGCGGCCCAAUCGCAGACAGAAGUCGUUUGGGUUCUACUGUAGUUGAUCUGUCUGUGUGCGGCAGAUACCGUAUCAUCAGACCUGGCUGUGCUCUCUCUGCUACGCUGAAGAUACUUGAGGACAAGUACGGAUUGCUGGAGGACUCUGUCAGUCAUUGAGUUGGUUGGAGACCAGCAGAUGGUUCACGGAUGAUCUUCAGAUGUUUGUCUCUCUCUCUCCUGCGGUGAAACGUGUGUCAGCACUGGGAGAAUGCAGAAGAGAGAUCUCAUGGACUGGUGUAAUUUGGGAGAAAUGAAAGACUUUAACAGGAUACUGUACUACAGUAGAUUCACAGCCUGCUUUAUUACUUCUGGGUUGUUUAUUCAUUUCAAAUGUAUUGUGUUAUGCUGAUGAUCGGACACUCUCUGGCAGAGCUGCAAGUUUGUAUAAAAAAUGAAUCUAAACUGGAGUCUGAUGUAAAGAGUAACUUCUUGCAGUACAGAGUUACAUUGACCCAAAGUGGGUUAUUUCUUAUUUAACAUAAUAAAACUACUUUUACUAAACAGAAA